UGUCAUACUGAUAUCGUUUAUAAUUUUUUUAUGAUGUGUGAUAAUUCAAAUUCGAGCCCACGAUUUAAUGAACACAAGGUACCUGUAUAUAGCAAUAAAUCACUAUUGGGGAAUUGGUAUGAAGAUAGAUUACAAUAUAGAAAAUAUCGAUACCGCCAUGGGACUACUUAUACUCAAGACUAUAUUCCUAGAGUUCCCCCAUUGUCAGAAGAUUCCUCAAAAAAUGCUAUUCAAUCAGCUGGACUUCCUAAGGCUAUGUUGUUUGGACAACGCGAAGACGCGUACACCAACAAUUUUUCAACAACUUACGAUUUAUCAUAUAAUCAUUUUGUUAAAAAAGCGAAAACUCACCCAACCGAACGGCAUUGGGUUUGUAGGGAUAAUAUUUGGUUACCAGAAAAAGACUUUACAAAAGAUUAUGGUAAUAUUACUCGUUACGGAAUAUUCGAAUACAAAACAAGUCUUUGGGAGCAAGAAAGAAAUCCUAGUCACAAUCAAGAAGAGAAAUCUGAGUAUCAAGAAUCAUAUGAGUGUGUUCCUAAAAUGAAACCUGUGAAACGUUUUGCAACUCCUUUAAAAAACUCGUCUUUAAUGAAUCCGUCAAAUAUAUAUUAUCAUACAUUAACGUUAAGAGAUAUGCAUUUGUGCACUGUAACACCAAACGAAGAAGUUGUAGUUAUCCCAAGAAAACAUCGCGAUAAUCCCAUCACAUGGGAAUAAUAAGUAUAAUUAUUGUAUUAUUUUUAUGAGUAUAAUAUACAAAAUGAUAUAAGUA